AUGAGGCAGCUGUCCUACAGAGACAUGUUGCUUUGGUCGGUGUGGAGUGCGAUAUUACUACUGACCCCACUGGAGGGUGCUGAGGAGGAGGAGGAUGUGCGAGCAGGCUGCAGCACAGCUGUGAAUGACCUGGUGUAUAUUGUUGAUGGCUCAUGGAGUGUCGGAGUCUCUGACUUUGACAGGGCCAAGCAGUGGCUUAUCAACAUCACCAGCCAGUUUGACAUCAGUUCACACUACACACAGCUAGCUGUGAUCCAGUACAGUGACACACCUCGAUUGGAGAUCUCCCUGGGGACACACCAGGGUGGAGCAGAGUUCAUCGAGGCCAUACAGAACAUACCCUACCUGGGAGGAAACACACAGACUGGAAGGGCCAUUAAGUUCGCUGUGGACCACGUCUUCGCCGCAUCUCAGCGAGCCAGCCAAGUGAAGAACCGCAUCGCCGUGGUGGUCACUGAUGGAAAAUCUCAGGAUGAUGUGGUAGAUGCCAGUAUGGAGGCACGAGCUCAGGGCAUUACAGUAUUUGCAGUCGGGGUCGGCAGUGAGAUCACCACCUCAGAGCUGGUGUCCAUCGCCAAUAAACCUUCAUCCACCUACGUCCUGUAUGCAGAGGAUUACACCAACAUCGACCGUAUCCGAGACUCCAUGAAGCAGAAGCUAUGUGAAGAGUCUGUUUGUCCCACAAGAAUCCCAGUGGCCUCUCGUGAUGAGAAAGGCUUUGAGCUGCUGUUGGGCCUGAACAUUCAGAUGAAGGCCAAGAAGAUCCCCGGCUCUCUGGUUUCUGAGAUAGCAUACGCCCUGACUGCAACCACAGACAUUACUGAGAAUACCAGAGAGAUUUUCCCAGAAGGCCUCCCUCCAUCCUAUGUGUUUGUAGCCACCCUGCGCCUACAGGGGUCCACUUCAAAGCUGACCUUUGACCUCUGGAGGGUGCUGUCAAAGGAUAAGGAGAUGCAAGCGGCAGUGACACUUAGUGGAAAGGACAAAACUGUCACCUUCACCGCCAUGAGGCUAAACAAAGAGGAGCAAAGUGUCAUCUUUAAAAAUGGAUUUCAGAAUCUGUAUGAUGGAAAAUGGCACCAACUCAAACUUCUUGUGAGGCCAAGCCAGGUCACCGGUUUCCUUGACGAUGAGCUGAUCCAGGAAGUCAAGUUGGAGCUGAUGGAGCCCAUUUAUAUCAACGGGGAGACGCAGGUGGCUAAGAGGAGAGGAACAGACCUCACUGUGCCGGUGGAGAUUCAGAAGCUGCGCCUGUACUGUGAUCCUCACCAGAGUGAGAGAGAAACUGCUUGUGAGAUUUACUCUGUGUGUCCUCUGAACCGCACUGCCUCAGAGGACGAGGACGACUGCAGUAACUGUGCAGUCGGACCCCCAGGGCAGCGUGGCCCACCAGGCCGCAUGUGUAGCUACCAGUUGCUUCAGCCCCUCCACGAGCCCAGCAUCCACUUGUAG